UGUCUCUCAGUCGAAAGUCAGUAGUUGUAGUCCACAAGCGCUGGAGAAAGUCAGUGGGGGUCCCACUUGCGUGCCUGCCGUUCUCUAUCCUCUUGUGGACACCCCUAAAUGAAAACUAAAAUGUCACCUUCGGUGUCGCCUCGCUUUUUUUCUGAAAAAGAGGUAGCUAAACAUUGCACCAAGGAUUCGUGCUGGGUGUUGUUAGGGACGCGCGUCUACGAUGUGACGGCGUUCCUUCGGAUGCACCCGGGCGGAGAGGCGCUCAUUCUCCGCCGCUCUGGCAAGGACAUCAGCCAGGAGAUCGAAGGACCCCCGCACCGGCACUCGGAGAACGCCCGGAGGUGGAUGGAGCAGUACUACAUUGGUGAACUUGACAGAGACACCACAAACGAAGAUACGGAGACUCUGAGACAGAGGAAGAAGGUUCCAGAAAGCACUACAGAAGAAGAAGAAACCUCAGCCAUCAAUAAGUGCAGCAAAGUCGACGACGAAACGGAUCUGGUAGACUGGCGAAAGCCACUGGCCUGGCAGGUCGGAUAUCUUGGAGAGAAAUAUGACACAUGGGUCCAUCAGCCUGUGGAUAGACCGAUCAGACUGUUCGGAAAUGACUUUUUUGAGGCCAACACAAAGACUUCAUGGUACAUGGUGCCAAUUGUAUGGCUGCCUUUGGUGAUCUAUCUGAGCUGGUACUGCUACACGUUAUUGGCACAAGAGAGUACCAGACUGUUUAUUACAUCAGACUACUCCAUUCUGGUCCACAAGUACAGCUUUCCAUUCAUCUUCAUGUUCGGCAUGUUCCUGUGGUCGUUCAUCGAGUACUGCAUCCACCGCUUCGUCUUCCACAUGCGCCCGCCCGCCCACAAUUAUUACCUCAUCACACUACACUUCCUGUUGCACGGGCAGCACCACAAGUCUCCGUAUGACGGCUCUCGUCUGGUGUUUCCUCCGAGUCUGGCUGCCAUCGUCAUUGGGGCAUUUUACCUGAUACUCCAGCAGCUGUUGCCUGAGGGUCUGGGAACCUCCCUGUUCGUCGGGGGUCUGUGUGGAUAUGUUGUCUAUGACAUGAUCCACUACUAUCUGCACUACGGCUCGCCACGGAAGGGCUCCUACUUGUAUGGGCUGAAAGCGUACCAUGUCAAACACCACUUUGAACACCAAAGGGCAGGUUUUGGGAUCACCACCACAUUCUGGGACUACCCGUUCAACACAGUCAUCCCCGAGCAGACGUUUUAGAAAAUGCUUCUUAUUUUGCCACAAUGACCAAAUCAAAAUCCACCCAACAAACUCCCAUUAGCCUCUCCCAUUAUCACUGUGUUAGCUACAGUGUCUUACCCUGCUGCUGCUACCAGCUAUCAUAUCUUAGCUUCACCAUCAUCACCAUCAUCACCAUCAUCAUCAUCACCGCCAUCGUCGUAAAUUAUUUAGAGAAGGGGGAGUGCCUGAAACAAACAGAAUCACCGAAUGUCAAGCUAUAUAAAUAUUUAUAUACUAUGUAUGAAUGUACUGACGAAUCAAACGUUGGAUGAAAUCUGUAAAUGUCUUUUAUUAGAGGCACAAGAAUCUCAAACUCACAGUCUUUGCCCAUCCAUGUAAAAGAAAGAGAUGUACAGACAGGGACCCGCAAGUGUGGGACGGUGCGUGAAGGUGCGAGUGGAAACAAAUUCUUAGUCGUAGUGUUAAGAAGCUGAAGGCUAGCAGAAGGAGGUCCUUUCGGUGGCCACGUGCGUAAUUGCCUUUAAGGAAAACUCAGGAAAGUCUCAAACGCUUUAAUUCUUCUCAGUGUUGAUGCUGCAAUCGCUUACGGAUCAUUGCUUUCUUUUCUUUGGCUUUGGCUCCGCCCUAAAUAUGACAUCACACCCAUCUUGCUUUUCUUUCUCAUCUCACCUAUUUCGAGGUGUUUAUUGCCAAUCAACUUACUAACAAUCUGGAGGACGUCACAAGCAGCUGCUCCUCGAGUAAUAUGUUACAUAUCCAGUGAGAUAUUAAGUUAUUGAGGAUUAGAGCUGGCUUUUGCUUCUCCUGACUAACACGGGAACGAUUACGCACUUGGUGAGGGCGUGAAGCGGGGUGCACGGGCCUCUCCUGCCGGUGAGGGUUGCCAGCCGUUCGUAGGGUGUGUAGAAAUCCUCUGUCGCCGUCGUCAAUGUAGAUCUAGCCGGCGCAACCCUUCCAUCUGGUGUGACGAUCUGUUGCAUCUGACCAGGCGUCAGGAGAGCGACAGCAUCCUUGGCUGAUCUCUCACCCGUUUCCUGCUCGUUUUAACCCCUGCUUUUGUUCUGGGAAAAAAAAAAGCUGUGACCACAUGUAACUCUGCUUCACACAGUCAUUUUGAGCAUAUUUAAUGUUUCAGAUGAAUAAAUAUAUAUGAUAUUUAAAUAAAAAUGAUCCUGAUGUGCCUUAGGGGCAUUGCCUACCUACCUUCCUGCUCCUUCCGAACCAGUUAGGUCGCGUGAUUGGUUGGACGUUUCAGCCAAAGACGUGGAAGGACAUUCGAAUAGAGCUUUUCUUCAUACCGUGAUUCUGUGGCACCUCGAAACUAAUAAACCUGCAAUGGACAUUGUAAUGAUUUUUUGAUUCUUUUUGUAACUGUGACACCAUCCUGGACAGAUCCCAUGUCGUAGGAGAACGCUUUCAGUUGAGGCAGGUCAACAGAGCAAUAUAUUUAUCUGUUUACUUGUAAUCAUAUUGAGAGCUUUUAAUUCAGAUAAAAUUUUUCAGCUAUAGAUGCCUCUAAUAAAUCUGUUUACUACUGUAUUUUUAUUUUAGAAUUUAAAUUUCUAUGCAAAUGCAAUUGUAUUUGUAAAUAAACUGUAUAUUUCUGA